AUGUUAUGGGGCCGGUUGGAGCUGGACUUUCUAUGCCUGUUGCACAGGGAGAGCAGAAUCGGGACUACGAGAGAGCGUAUAUUCUACAGCAACUAUUAUGUGUGGACAGUUGUCUUAUUUGACUACAUAACAACCUUCAUAUUAUCCAUAAUCGUGAACGUAUUGGUGACCAAACCAUUCGCCAAUCUCUUGAAUAUGAUAUACAAGAGGGAUGAGAGCAGAGGAGAUAUAUUUGACGACAACAACAAUAAGUGGCAAAAUGGCAAAGAAGUGACCGCUUUGGAGGACAUUAACAAUAAUAAUGGAGAUGUUGUGGUCAAGAAUGUAGCCUUUGAUGCCAAUGAGAUUCGAUUAGCGCAUAAAUCCUGUAAAUACGUGACCCAUCUUCUUUUGGUUAUUCCUGUUGUUUGUGUUCAUAUUCUCCACAAACUAACAAAAGUGGGAAUUCAUGGCAAAUAUGAUGCCAUCACUCGUGAGCCAAAUGAUUAUAACGGGUGUUCAAAAAGUUAUUAA